GGCACACAGUGGUUCGGAAUAUGACAAACUGUUAUAGCUUACAUAUGUAUGUCUAUAUAUACAACAGACCUUGUCACCUGCAGCUCAGCCUACGACCAGGUGGUUGUCACAGAGCCGCAGCUAACGACACAGCCGAGAUCCACUUUGGCAGAUAGCCAAAUGACAACACAAAACGAUCUAAUUACGACAGCCCGAAACUCAACAACAUUACUGACAACGAAAAAGCCAGCCGCUGCAGCAGCAGCGACAACAACAGAAACAACGGCAACAGAGAGAGGCUAUAGGAGCACGACCCUGGGCAUGUCAUCAACAGCGCCAACGAUAACAAGGACUUCGACUAGGAGGCUGGCAGGAGGUGCCGCAGCGGCAACUAAGUCCGCACAAAUUGGGCUAACUACGCAGCCCGCAACGGUGGCUGAAACACAAACAACAAUCGCUGCAACAACAAAAACAAAAACAAUGGCAACAACGGCGAUGGCAUCGCUGUUCAUAUCAACAAUUUAUCCGACAUCAACAACAGAGCCUGCGAUGGUUGUCCCAACGGCGACGACGAGGACGACGCUUACGCUGACGGAAACGGAAGCCCGCAGCUCCAUUGAAACGGCAACGUCACGGCCAUCGGUUGAAGCGGGGCAGCAGUUGCAGGAGUUGCAAGAGGAUGAGGACGGGAGGGAGCGAAAAGAGGAGGGGGAAAAUGCGGUGUUGCAGCUUCCUCAUCCGGCCAACACUGAUUCACUGACUAAGGGUUUCUCCAUACCCACAUUUCUGCCGCCGUUUCCAGUGUUCGCGGCCGCUGAUUUGCCUGCAUACCGAGCUGCUGCUGCUGAAGCUGAGGCAGCCGCUGCCGCUGCCGCAGCAGCAUCAACUCCGGCGACGGAGACUACGGUGACGUUGUCACCGGAGCAGCAGCGACAACAAAUGUUUAAUGAGCAGCACUCGUACUUGGCCUCCCACAAUGGGGAACUGCUGCCGGGGCAGCUGCCGCGCAAAAAUCUGACAAUGCCUGUGCUAAACAUCACGGCUCAGAUGGGAAAUCACGCGUAUAUGCCAUGUCAGAUCCAUCGGCUGUCGGAGAAGCCCGUCUCUUGGGUGCGAUUGCGCGAUGGUCACAUAAUCAGCGUGGACGAGAGUACAUUUAUAGCCGAUGAACGUUUCCAGUCGAUAUACCAGGAGGAGAAUGAUUACACCUGGUCGCUGCAGAUCAAGUACGUGGACGUCAACGAUGCUGGCUGGUACGAGUGCCAAAUGGCCACCGAGCCCAAACUGAGCGCCAAGGUGCAUCUGGAAGUAGUCACGCCCAAGACUGAGCUAAUUGGCGAUCAGAGCCGCUUCGUCAAGGCCGGCAGCAAGGUGGCGCUUCAUUGCAUUGUACGCGGCACACUGGACCCUCCCAGGUAUAUCAUCUGGUUCCGUGGACAGAAGAAGAUAAGUGAUAGCGAUGAGCGUACCGGCUGGUAUACGCAAAUAGAUCGCAAUAUAUUUGGAACAGUGGGCGAUAAUCAAAAUACGAUCGGCUCAUUAAUUAUACCAUUUGUGCGCAAAGAGGACUCCGGGAAUUAUACGUGCCAGCCAGCGAACAGUGUCUCCGUCUCCGUUGACCUGCACGUACUCAGCGGUGAAUACUCUGCUUCGGCUAUCAUGUCCGGCGUAGCAGAGUGUCAACAGCGCAGCACGUUUCUGCAGCUGACGCUGCUGCUCCCGCUGCUGCAGGUGCUGGUGCCGGCGGUGCGGGCAGUGCUGGGAGUGCGUUGGCUGCUGGCCAAGACGUGACUUGUGACGUGACUUGCUUAUUGAGCGCCCAGCCCGGACUUCAAUUAUUUGUAAGCUUUUGUGCAGUUAUAAGACGUCUUUGUAAAUAGCAGCGGCCCAAGGUGAGUGGGCGGGGCGGCGAAUGGAAGGUGCAACUUUCUGUAAUUAAGUUAAAUGUUAGCGCAUACCUGCAUACGCUGUUGUAUGAGUGUGCGCUUGAAUGUGUUGUACAUUUAAAAGAUAUGAACACAAAAUUGAAAACAUAAUAAGCGUAAUAUAAUUAA